AUGAAACAUGUUGCUAUUGAUUAUCAUUUUAUCAGAGAUCAAGUUCAGUCUGGUCUACUUCGAGUUGCUCAUGUCUCCUCUGCUGAUCAGCUUGCCGAUCUUCUCACCAAGCCACUGCCUACUUCUCAAUUUCUGCUGUUACGGGACAAGAUUGGCCUCUCUACUCGUGGCCUAUCUUGAGGGGGCAUAUAGAAGUAGUCACAAUUUCUGGUCUAUAUCAACUCUAGCAGUUCCAACUGAAGUUGUAUUUUGAAUGUAGUCCUCCAAAUAUCUUUCUGUUAGUAUUCCUUAAGAAUAGGUCAGCUUGAAUAUUGCUGAAAUAUAGGAUAUAGUUAUUGCUUUCUGUUUUGCUUCAAUGUAUUAUUUAUACGAUUUGUUUUUUAAUGAAAAUACAGUUCACACAAUUAUCAAACUCUUUAGAUCAUAGCCUCCUAGUGUUGGUGGAAUUUCAAACUUCUUAUGGGGCUGUUUUCUUUAUAUUUUGGGUUUUUGCUUGAGGGUUUUGAUUCAUAUCGAAGAUGGGUUGGUGGAUUUAUUUGGUAUUUUGAAUUGAGAAUCGGAGAUUUAAAGAUUCUGAUAGAUAUGGGUUUUGGAUUGAAGUUUUUAAGAAUUGGAAAGUUAAGGGUUUGAUGCAUGUGAAGAGAUGAAAUUAUUUUAUUUUAAUUGAUGUUUUGCAGCUAUUCGUGGUGGAUUUCUGAGUGUCUUAAAUUGAGGAUCAUGGUGGAUUUCUGAGGGUUUUAAAUUGAAGAUCAUAGAUUUAAGGGUUUUCUCGAUGUUGAUGUUAGGAUUUUGAAGGAAUUUUUUUGGUGCAGCAAACUUAUAUGUUCUACCUAUGUAUUUUUUGUGAUAUAGCCAUGGACAUCAAGCCAUCAAGAUUGGUUGGAGACAAAAAUGAAAGGGGAAGAAGACAUGUGAACAACAUGGUUUGUUCCUAUUGGCUCCGUGGGAGGUGCAACAGAAACCCUUGUAGGUUCCUGCACCAAGAAUUGCCCCAAAACACCCACUAUCAAAUUUCAAAUCAGUUCCGCAAAAACUGCUGGCAGAGGAAUCCCGACUCUGAUUCGAAGAGUGCAUCAAGUUUAACGAGUCUCUAUAGGUCAUCAGGUUCAACACCUCCGAAGUGUUCAUCAGCUUCAAAUCAAUCCCAUAGAAACAACAGGGAGAGGACUCUCUAUUCUGACCAGAAGGGUGAAUGGGACUCAACUAAUCUAAGGUGUUCAUCAAGUCCAACAAGAGCAGGAAGUAGCUCUGGAAAUGGAAUUACACAGAAAGUAAUUGGAGAAAGGGUCUGCAAGUACUGGCUACAUGGAAAUUGUGUGGAGGCAGAUAGGUGCCAGUAUCUCCAUUCAUGGUUUAAGGGCCAUGGGGUUUUCAAGUUGGCAGAGCUUAAUGGGCACAUCAAGGCCAUCUCAGGAAUUGUGCUUCCUUCUGGCUCAGAGAAGCUCUAUACUGCCAGUGGAGAUGGGUAUAUACGGGUUUGGGACUGCCAUACUGGUCACUGUGAUGGUGCAGUCAACCUUGGAGGGGAAAUUGGGUCUUUAAUCAGUGCGGGCCCAUGGGUAUUUGCUGGGAUAAAAAAUGUUGUUAAAGCAUGGAAUAUUGAGUAUUGUGCUGAUCUCUCUCUGGAUGGACCAGUUGGGCAAAUUUAUGCUAUGGUGGUGGAUCAUGAUAUGCUCUUCGCAGGGGCAGAGAAUGGCACUAUAUAUGCAUGGAAACCCAAUAAGGAAACCAAUGCUUUUGAGCUGGCUACAACAUUGGGAGGCCACAAUUGUGCUGUGGUUUCGCUCACAGUUGGUGGUGGGAAGCUAUAUUCUGGUUCCAUGGACAAUACAAUAAGAGUGUGGGAUCUUAAUACAUUACAGUGUAUUCAUACUCUGAAGGAGCAUGCAUCAGUUGUGAUGUCUCUUGGUUGUUGGGGUCCCUAUUUGAUAUCAUGUUCAUUGGACCAAACAAUUAAGGUUUGGUUUGCUACUGAAGCUGGCAACUUGGAAGUGACCUAUACACAUAAUGAAGAACAUGGUGUGCUUGCACUUUUCGGUAUGUUCAAUUCAGAAGGAAAACCAAUAUUGUUGUGCUCUUGCAAUGACAAUUCUGUUCGGCUAUAUGAAUUACCAUCAUUCACCGAGAGGGCCAGGAUUUUUGCAAAGGAAGAAGUCCGAGCGAUUCAAAUAGGUCCUGGGGGACUCUUUUUCACUGGGGAUGGAACUGGACAAGUUGAUAUUUGGAAAUGGCAGGCGGAGCCAACUUCAUUGGCAUCCUGAAUGAUGGAAGGCAGCUGUCAUCUCCAUAAAGCCAUUCUCUGUUUCUUGUUUUGCUCCUUCAUGUUCAUGAUAUUUCUAUUGAAAACUGUAUAGAGGCUUUUAGUAGCUUGUGAAUAUAAUCAUCGACACAAAGAAUUCUCUUUAUAGUAUUCUUACAAACUGUAAAUUUGUAAUCAGCAUUCAUUUAAUGAAAAUUCAUUGUCACAUUAGUAUUUCCAUUUUCAA